AGCAACGAGGCGAGAAGACGGCGCUAGUCUCACGCAGAUUGCCGAGCUGUCAGGUCGGUCGCGCGCUCUCGUUUUUUCCGAGGCUUCCUGUGAUCACGAAUCCCCCUGUAAAUCGCGAUUAAAACCUCCACGUUUCUCGUUCUUGCUUUUUCUUUCUCCUCUUCGCUUAUUUUCCCAUUUAUUCCUGUGCUAACGAUACACCGGAACACGCGCACACAGGACGCCCGUGCUUUCAAGAGGAAACAGUGAAAUUUGAGGAUAAAGCCGAUCGAAGGAUAUUUCUGAGUGAUUUUAUCGAAAAUCGUGUUUCGCCCGUUCGUUAUUUAUCAUUCUCUCGCGUCAGCUCCUCGUAUUUAUUUAUUUAUUUAUUUAUCUAUUUAUUUAUUUAUUUGAGCGAGGCUUCUCGCGGCUCGCAGUGUCGUCGAGUGUCAAGUUGUUCUCGGAAGGAUCAAAAUCGAUUGUUCGAGGGAUCCGAGUGUGCAGCGAUGUUUCGGACGUGGACAAGGGGAAAUUUCGUGGAUAAUUCGGUGGAAUGAUCCGCGGAUUUGAGCUCGAGGGAUCGACCACGAAACACCGGGAUUUUCGUUCCCGCUAGAAAAGUGAAAUUCUCGUUAUCGCGGCCGUUUGACGAUAGUGACUCUCGGAAGAGUCAAGAAUAUUAUCUCCUCGGCUCUCUUAUUUAUUCGAGCCGACUUUUAAGCCGAGUAAACAAGAGUUUCUUCCUUCCCGAAUAUUAUCGAACGAGAAUCCCGAUUCUUCAUGAGCCUCACAAGAAGCGAGCGGGUCUCUCGUCGUUUUAUUUCCUCCCGUAAAGUUGACCUCAUCGAGAGGUGUGUGAUAUGUUAGUUGAGAUGGAGCAGCACGCGGGUUUGAUAUCCCUCAACAUGUCGCCGUUUCAUUUGAGCCCUCAGGGCAGUCCUCACGGGCCAACCGGUGCCCAGCAGCAGCAGCAGCAGCAGCAGCAGCAGCAGCAGCAACAAUCCCAAUCCUCUUACAAUUCACCUUACGCGAGUUGCGCACAAAGUCCACCCUCGAACAUGUGCCAACAACAGUCCCAACAAACGAGCUUGCAACAAAGCUCGAGCCACGUGCAAAACGCGGCGACGAACAGCAGCAGCAGCAGCAGCAGCAAUAACAACAACGGGCAAAACGUAGCUUCCUCCCAGCAGCAACAACAGUCCCAAGCCUCGAGCAACAACGUUCUCGGCUUCGAAUCCGCUUUCUUCGACGCGAUUGCCCUCGAGGAACGUUGCCCAAUGUGCGGUGACAAAAUGUCCGGUUAUCAGUACGGUUUGCUCACUUGCGAAUCGUGCAAAGGUUUCUUCAAGCGUAACAGCUCACCGUGCAGCAACAAAAAAGUGUACACGUGUCUUUUUUCGCCAACAGGCGGCGGAGGAGGCGGCGGAGGUGGCGGAGGCGGUGGGACCGGAGCCUCCGGCGGGCCCGGAGGCGCCCCCGGCGCUUGCCCGACUUCCGGCAACCUCGAAACUUCCAACGGCAAUUAUUCCGGACCCACUUCCCUCCAAAAUAACAACAACAACAACAACAACAACAACAACAGCAACCACAACAACAACAACAGCCCGACGAACAACUCCGGUUCCAAUCCCAACAACAAUUCCAAUGGGAAUCCCUCCAAUUCCGUAACGAACAAUCCCUCCGGACAAAACAAUACCGGGAACGGAAGCGUCGUCGGCGGCGCCAGCGUCGGGACGACCGGCGUCGUCCUACCCGCUGGGAACAACGUCUAUCAUCCCGGUAUCGGACAAGUCGGCAUCGUCACCGGCUCCGCGCCAGGACCCCUCGACUUCCCCGAUACGAAGGACGUCAUCGAAGAGCUCUGCCCCGUUUGCGGCGACAAGGUCUCCGGAUAUCACUACGGACUCCUCACCUGUGAAUCGUGCAAGGGAUUCUUCAAACGCACCGUCCAAAACAAAAAAGUCUACACCUGCGUCGCCGAGAGAUCCUGCCACAUCGACAAGACGCAGAGGAAACGAUGCCCCUUCUGCAGAUUCCAAAAGUGCCUCGAAGUCGGCAUGAAACUCGAGGCUGUUCGAGCGGAUAGGAUGCGUGGCGGAAGGAACAAAUUCGGUCCAAUGUACAAGAGGGACAGAGCGAGAAAGCUGCAGUUACUGAGACAGCGGCAAUUGGCUCUGCAAACGAUACGAGGAAGUUUGGGUGACCCCUCGAGUUAUUCGUCCUCGGUAACGCCCUUUCUACACAUCAAACAAGAGAUUCAAAUACCCCAAGUAUCGAGUCUAACCUCGUCGCCGGACUCGAGUCCAUCGCCAGCUGCGGUCGCCGCUGGUCUCGUUACGAAUCAACCUGGCGGUGGAAGCGGCGGUGGCGGCGGAACCGGGGGAAGCGGCGGGGGCGCUGGACAACACCAAUUAAUCGCGCCAUCCUCCCAAACCGCCAUCACCGGCGGCCAUCAUUUAUACAAUCCAAAUCCAAGCUUGGAUGGCAAAUUAUGGGCAGCCAAUUCCACUACCUCAAGCCCAAAAGCCUUCAAUUUUGGUGAACACUCCAGUCAGGGUGGCCAAACCUCAACGCCCGCUAAUCAACAAACUAACAAUCCUGGCACCCUAAAAACUAGUCCGAUGAUUAGAGACUUUGUACAAACCGUCGACGAUCGCGAGUGGCAAGCUUCGUUGUUCAGUUUAUUGCAGAAUCAAACUUACAAUCAGUGCGAGGUUGACUUGUUCGAACUUAUGUGCAAAGUGCUCGAUCAGAAUCUCUUCUCCCAGGUUGAUUGGGCGAGAAACUCCGUUUUCUUCAAGGAUCUCAAGGUUGAUGACCAAAUGAAGCUUCUACAGCACUCUUGGUCGGAUAUGCUGGUGCUCGACCAUCUCCAUCAAAGGUUACACAACAACCUACCAGACGAGACGACACUUCACAACGGCCAAAAGUUUGAUCUCCUCUGUCUCGGCCUACUCGGUGUACCUUCACUCGCCGAUCUUUUCAACGAUCUUUCAUCCAAACUACAAGAGUUGAAAUUCGAUCUUUCCGAUUACAUAUGCAUAAAGUUUCUAAUGCUCCUUAAUCACGACGUUCGUGGUUUGGUGAAUAAGAAACACGUUCAGGAGGGUCACGAGCAGGUGCAACAGGCACUUCUGGAUUACACAUUGAAUUGUUAUCCAUCGAUACCGGAUAAAUUCAACAAGCUGUUAGCAGUAUUACCGGAAAUUCACGUGGUUGCGAGUAGAGGGGAGGACCAUCUUUAUCAGAAGCAUUGCAACGGUGGUGCACCGACCCAGACGCUUCUAAUGGAGAUGUUACACGCCAAGAGGAAAUGAAACGACGAAUUUUUAUUAACGACAAAACGUAGCCAAGCGACAUUCUCGUCGCUCGUGAAAGAAACAACAAAUAAUCGUAUCUGCCAGUGUCCGUCGAGACUCGUUGAUAAAACGGAACGAAAUCCAGGAUACCGUAAACGCGUCCAUGCUCUUUUCGACGAGUUCUCGGCGAGACGACCAUUCGCGAGAAUUGGUAAAGCUCUACCGAGGGAAUCGGUUUAUCGGCUCGAGGCACUGGUGAAUUCGUAGUUCCCCCCCCCCCCCCCCUCCCCCCUCCGCUCCUUCCUGCCUCCCUUCCUCGACGUAAAACUCCCCCGGGUCUUCGGUAGCAAAACAACAACAAAAAACCUCCUUUUCUCCCCUUACUUCGGAAGAAUAAGACGAAUCCUCAAAAGUACC